AUGGCGGUACACGGUGUGGAACCACGGUCCAUCGUGGAAAGAGAACUGCCUUUCGGCCGGAACCGUCAUCUUCCAGUGAUUGGCCAAAACGACCAACACAAGGGAAAGAGGAGAGGUACUCGCUAUAUGUUCUCUGGGCCUUUUAGAACCCAUGGAGUUGUUCCUUUGGCAACAUACGUGCGAAUCUACAAGAAAGGUGAUAUUGUGGACAUCAAGAGAAUGGGCGCUGUUCCAAAAAGAACGCCCCACAAAUGUCACCAUGGCAAAACCGGAAGAGUCUACAGUGUCACCCAGCAUGCUGUUGGCAUUGUUGGAAACAGACACGUGAAGGGCAAGAUUCUUGCUAAGAGAACUAAUGUACGUGUUGAGCACAUUAAGCACUCCAAGAGCCGGGAUAGCUUCCUGAAGCGUGUGAAGGAAGAUGAUCAGAAAAAGAAGGAAGCCAAGGAGAAAGGUACUUGGGUUCAACUGAAGCGCCAGCCUGCCCCACCCAGAGAAGCACACUUUGUGAGAACCAAUGGGAAGGAGCCUGAGCUGUUGGACCCCAUUCCCUAUGACUUCACGGCAUGAUAAAUGUAAAAAAAACCGAAAGACUUCAAGACUGUAAAAAAAAAAAGGGGGGGGGGAUGUGGUCAAAAUAAAGGGGAGAGAUUAUCCGAUAGGAACACCAGCCCAUUACUGUCAAGAUUACAAAAAAUAAUAAUAGGUCUGAUAUCCAAUAAGUGUGUAAAUGGGCUUUAGGAACCCGUGGGUGGCUCAGUUGCUUGAGCGUCUGAGUUCAGCUCAGGUCACGAUCUCACGAUUCGUGAGUUUAAGCCCCACGUUGGGCUCA